AUGGGGAAAGACAAAAAAUACCAAUGCCUUCAAAAACGAAAAAAAUGGAACCGUUGCGUUUUACAGAAUGCAAGAGAAGCUCUAAGAUUGAAAAAGCUACAAGUUUCAAAUAAUAGUAAUGCUCCUAUAAGUAAUGGUCCCAAUGUUCAACAAACCGAUCCCUUCAACGAGAUCAAUGACCAAACUUUAGAUGACAAUGACCAAACAACAUUUCAAAAUGAUAACGGUAAAUCACCACAACAAAAUGUACAGUUUGAUGAAGAGAUUGAAGAGCGGAAUGAGGCGGAAGAAAUAUCCCUUACAAUAGAAAAAGAAAUAGAAGAUUCCGAAGUACCUAAUUAUGUCGUUCAGGGGCGGAGAGUGAUUGAUUUUGAAUAUUUUAUGACACAGUUAACUGCUAUUGAAUCACAUGGUGAUAAAUUCGGUUGUAGGCUGAGCAAUCUGAAAAUAGUUCAAGAAAAACAAACCGGACUCAAAUCGGUAUUUUCUUAUAAAUGUCGUAUGUGCGGUUUAAAAUUUGUACUUAACACUUGCGACGAUGAUGCUAUGAAACUCGACGUCAACGCUGGAGCAGUAUCUGGAGCAAUCGUGACCGGAAUUGGAUGGUCAAAUCUUAAUGAAAUCAAUGCCUCGAUGGAUUUACCAACUAUGUCGUUCAAUUUGUACAGCUCUACACACGACGAUGUUGCAGAAAUAUGGCGUAUAACUGCUGAGCAAACUAUGCAGAAAGCUGCCGAAGAUGAACGAGAAGCCGCAAUAAUACGGGGCGAUGUCAAUGAUGCAGGAAUAGCAAUGAUACCAGUAGAAGCAGACGCCUGUUGGAGUAAACGUUCAUACAGAACAAAUUACUCUGCUUUAUCUGGUGUGGCAGCCAUCGUUGGCGAACAUACCGGUAAAGUAUUGCAUGUUGGGAUGAUCGGCUUACAAGACUCCGUACAGCUAUUCGCUCGGCGAGCAAAUUCAGAAGAAACGAAAACAACUCCAUCGAAACUAAAAUUAAAAACUUACAAGUGGACAUCAUGA